GGCUAUGUUUGGGAUGAGAAUGAGGCUCCAUCAUCCUCCCAGAGCUGCGAGCAUCUUCUCUGCCGAGUGAAAAAAAAGAACCUCCUACGUCUACAUGUUAACUGACUAGGAUAGGAUCUCCAAAGCAACACAGAAAAUCAGAGGAUUAGAACAACAGCCUCCAUCAUCAUGGCCAGAAACCGCAAAGACAGGGAUAGCUGGGGGACCUUCCCUGACAAGUACGACUGGAGCUCGGAGGAGGAGGAGCCCGACGGACGGGCGCGGCCCGUGCAGGUGCUGGUCGUCAAGGACGACCACUCCUUCGAGCUGGACGAGGCGGCGCUCAGCCGCAUCCUGCUGUCUGAGGAGGUCCGGGACCGGGAGGUGGUGGCCAUCUCUGUGGCCGGAGCGUUCCGGAAGGGAAAGUCCUUCCUCAUGGACUUCAUGCUGCGCUACAUGUACAAUCAGGCCUCAGACGGUUGGCUGGGGGAACCCGACGAGCCGCUCACCGGCUUCUCUUGGAGGGGCGGGUCCGAGCGGGAGACCACUGGCAUCCAGAUCUGGAGUGAAGUCUUCCUGGUGGACAAGCCAGAUGGCCGGAAGGUGGCGGUGUUGCUAAUGGAUACGCAGGGCACCUUUGAUAGCCAGUCAACACUGAGGGACUCUGCCACCGUGUUUGCUCUCAGCACCAUGAUAAGUUCCAUGCAGGUGUACAACAUCUCUCAGAACGUACAGGAAGAUGAUCUUCAGCACUUACAGCUCUUCACUGAGUAUGGCAGACUAGCCAUGGAAGAAACAUUCCUGAAACCUUUCCAGUCGAUGAUUUUCCUGGUUCGAGACUGGAGCUUUCCCUACGAAUUCUCCUACGGACAGGAGGGAGGCAUGCAGUUUCUGGAAAAGAGGCUCAAGAUUUCCGAGAACCAGCACGAGGAGCUGCAGAACGUCCGCAAGCACAUCCACUCCUGCUUCACAAACAUAUCCUGCUUCCUCAUGCCCCACCCUGGCCUCAAGGUGGCCACCAACCCAAACUUUGACGGACGGCUCAAAGAGAUAGACCAGGAGUUCAUCAACAACCUGCUGGUGCUGGUUCCCUGGCUGCUCAGCCCACGCAACCUGGACGUGAAGGAGAUCAACGGCAACAACAUCACCUGCCGCGGCCUGGUGGAGUACUUCAAAGCUUACAUUAAGAUUUACCAGGGAGAGGAGCUGCCUCAUCCAAAAUCCAUGCUGCAGGCUACAGCAGAGGCCAAUAACCUCGCAGCGGUGGCAGCAGCAAGGGACUUGUACAACAAGAAGAUGGAGGGGGUGUGCGGGGGCGACCGGCCCUUCCUGGCCCCCAGCGAGCUGCAGGCGAGGCACGGGGAGAUCCGGGAGGAGGCGCUUCAGCUGUUCCGGGGGGUGAAGAAGAUGGGCGGGGAGGAGUUCAGCCGCCGCUACCUGCAGCAGCUGGAGGCGGAGAUCGACGAGGUCUUCGUCCAGUACAUCAAACACAACGACUCCAAGAACAUCUUCCACGCCGCCAGGACCCCCGCCACGCUCUUCGUCGUCAUCUUCGUCAUGUACGUGGUGGCCGGGGUGACGGGCUUCGUGGGCGUGGACAUCAUCGCCAGCGUGUGCAACAUGAUCCUGGGCCUGGCGCUCAUCACGCUCUGCACCUGGGCCUACAUCCGCUACUCCGGGGAGUACCGCGAGCUCGGGGCCGUCAUCGACCAGGUGGCCGGAGCGCUGUGGGACCAGGGAAGCACAAACGAGCCGUCUCCCCCCUGGCAGGCUCUCUACAAGCUGUACAGCGCGGCCGCCAGCCACAGGCCCCUGUACCACCACGCCUUCCCCGGCCCCCAGGCCGACCCCCCCGAGGAGCAGGACAGGAAGAGGAACUGAAGCGCGCCCCCCAAAUGCCUGGGCAGUGCACCGCAGGGGCUUCUGGGUCACCACGACGUAGCAUGACGGACAGAGAGAGGGAGGGGCGGAGCAUCCUCAACCCACUGGGCACUCUUUUAUUAUUCUCUGAUUGACAGGACAAGUCUAGUAACGCAUUCACUACUAUAUAGCUAAAAUGGGAACAAAGUGGGAUCCACUACACUACAAGCUGAAUCCCCUACUGAUGGGGCAAGGCUUCAAAACAAUGGAAAUCACGCGUCAUUGUUAUUUUUCAAACUUAAUUUAUCCAGUGUUUUUUUCUCUCUCCUUUGUUUCAAGGUAAAAAAACAAACAAAAAAAAACAACCCCAUAUGUACAUAAUCAUUUUAAAGGAUAAGGGGUGAGACUGUACAAAAUACAGGGCUGCACAGGUGAAUAUUUGCUGUUGUCUUUCCAAGUAGAUAAGCUGCCAUUAAAAAAAGGCACUGAGCUGUUCACUCAACUGAGUUGAAGUAGAGUUGCUUGAUCACACGGGUUCAUUUCAUUUGUAUUCAAUGCAAUGUUUAAGUUAAGUGCUGUUAAAAAAUCUGUAAUGUUUAGAAUCCAGCAUCUGAAGUAUGCAACUUUAAAAAAAAAAAAAAAAAAGCCUAGGGAUAAUAACUAUUUAUUCUGUUAUCUUCAUUAUAGGUUCUCCAUUGAAUCUCUGGUAAGGUAGGAGUUCUUAAAAUUAAAAUAUACUUUAAGGCUUUUGUUUCUGAAAAUUUUGCAUUUAAAUGUUUCCACAUAAUCAGGCACUGUGUGCACAGCAUAUUUACUGAUAAACGCAACUGCAGUACCGCUGACAGCUCCUGGCACCUGUACACCCGUUUGGCGCGUUUCUAUAUCCAAGGCUGCAUUUCCCCCUAUGAAGGAGUGCUUUGGUAAUGGGGUGCCGUAUCUUUGUGCCGUACGCUCAGCUGCUGUAACCCUCUGACAUCACCGGGUGACCGCGAGGCUUGUGCUCGUCCCAGUGCGCGCGUCAGACCAGACACGCGCACGCGCACGCGCUUGUGGAACAGAGCCGACCUCACACCUCGUUAUCGCAUCUGACUGGCGAUCCGCAUUCACACCGUUGAUGUUCGCGGGAGUUGAGCACAGAUAGAGGACCGAUCGGCUGGUGAUAACAGGACGGCGGAAGAGGCUGGGAUCACGGCUGAAAAAAAUCAUUUCCUGCGGCAAACUCAUAAAAGCGUCCUUAAAUAAACUUCCCAUCCGAGUCGUUUCUUUGCACGUUUUCUGCUGUAAACAUGUACACAAAAAUAAACAGAGAGUUGAACCAGUGAAGGAUUUUGUAAAUGUGCAAGCUGGGGGGGGGGGGGGGGGCAUACUUGUUUACUGCCCUACAGGUGAGCCGGGCUAUUGGAAGCCCACCACCCCCCCCAACCCCUACCCCCUCCCUUUCCCCCAGCGAUGUUCCACAGUGAAGGUUCCAGCAGAGUUCUAAAGCACACACACACGCUGUUCUGUGGUUACCGUGGCGACAGUUCUAGAUUGCAUGCUAUUAGAGAUCGUUGUAAAUGGAAGGAGACCCUUUGACCUGUUUGGUGGCAGGGGAAAGAUGAGUCGCUCUCGAACGCCUCGCAGAAUCCCCCGUUUUACAUGCCGGAUGUUUACCUGAGGACUUCUCUCUGCCUACUGCUGCAUGGUAAAUACACCUAAAGAGUAGAGUUCUGCUCCAAACAGCUUCUAUUCGUAAAACAGUGGCUUGUGAUGUAAGAGCGCUUACGUGUUUUAAAAAAAAUAAUAAAAUAAAUUGUGGACUUGGUGGACUGUUACAUUUGUAGAAUGUACUAAUUGAACUUUAAGGAGCUCCAUCCGCAUUUAGUCGUUGGAACGUUCAUGUAAAUUUGAUUUUGCUGUAUAAACCAGUCUAAAGAAAUCAUGUUUUUUUUUUGUAUUUUUAUUUUCCAUGUCAAUGUUCUGUAUAGGUUUUCCGCACAGUUGACCAAGGAGUUGGUCCUAUCUGGGUCUGACCAAAGAGAUUUCUAUUGUAACAUUUUGUUGCUAAUUCAAGUUGUGAAAAAAGGGCAGAACACAGCAACACAAUUCCAAACUUCCAUUAACUGUCUUCCAUAUUCUGUUAUGUCACCAUUUGUGAAGCACUAUUGAGUUUUUAUUAAAUGGGGGAAGAACAUC